AUGGGCGUAUUUGGAAGAGGAACAGCAAGUAGGAUAUCCAUUCGAUCAAUUUAUUUGAGAAACACGACCAAUUUUGUUGUUCCUGAAAAUUAUAAACCAAAUAGGUCGUUGCUCAAGCAGUUGCCAUGGAAAGCAGGGCUUGAUAUCUGGUGGAAGUCCUUGUCUCCAAAUAGACUUUCUGAUUUGCAGAAAGAGUUAGUGGAAUUUAUGCUUCCCUCUCAUUUGCAAGAAAACCAGAGAAUAAUCAAAGAGUUCAAAAAAACAACUAUCGAUGACAAGGGCAAUUAUAUCAAUGAAGUUGGAUUCAAGAUUAUCAACAAUGAAGAAAAACCAACAAAGCAUCUUGUUUUUAUCCAUGGUUAUGGUGCUUCUUUGGGUUGUUUUGCACGGAAUUUUCAAAUAAUCAACAAGUUCAAAGAUAACGAAUACAACUAUCAUGUUCAUUUCUUAGAUAAUUUGACAUUUGGAUUGUCAUCAAAUCCCAAAGUGAAUAAUGGUACCAUAAAUUACUGGCGUAUUCCUGCUCCUGCCACUGUGAAGCUAAUUGAUAAAAUCCCAACCGACUCAAAAAAGUUGUACCGGAAGUACUACAAAUUAAUUGAGGGAUACCAAUUGGAUCCAGAAAAUUUUGAACAAUACACAAGUUAUUUUACUCCAAUUUUAAAAGAUAUGGAGAAAUUUUAUUGCCGAGCGAUAGAUAAUUGGCGAAAAAAUAAUGGAAUAGAAAGUAUUGACUAUUUGGUUGGUCAUUCAUUUGGAGGGUACUGGUGUGGGAGCUAUUCAGUGAAAUUCCCUGAUAAUGUAAAAAAUCUAGUCUUGGUAUCACCAGUCGGUAUAGAGAGACACGUUCAGGCUGUCACAAAUACCGACCCAAUUUCAAAUAGAAUUAUGGCGCCGACGCUCAAUCCCACUCUGUACAAUUUCUUAAGCCGCCUUCCUAUCCUAUCGAAAAAACAACUUCUCAGUUGGUAUUAUAAGCUUCCACAUUUGCCUAGAUUGUUACCAUUUUUGGGGCCUUGGGGGGUUCAAUUAUAUUUCAAAAUGUGGAUGGGGAAGUUAUAUAAAAUAAACAAACUUAUUGAUAAACAUGGAGGCCCUCAAGAAAUUUUUACUAACAGCAAUGAUUUAGUUUAUGGUAGCAAAAAAGAACUCCGACUUAUUAUUGAGUAUCUCUACAAUUCUAUUACCAACGGAUCAAACAGCGACAUUUACAGCAGAUAUUUAUUAACUCCUGCAACAACAAGCAAAUGGCCGUUGUAUGAUAAAUUCUACGAAACUGUGAAACAAGACCCUGGACGAUUAAAGUUCAAAGUUCAUAUAAUGUAUGGGCAAUUUGAUUUUAUGAAUUCAGAAGCUGGUGAAAAAUUGGCGAAUUUGUUGAAUGAGAAUAAAGUUGAGGCUAGAUAUUACGAAAUCAGCGAAGGUGGUCACAAUCUUUACAUUGACAAUCCCUUUGAUACUAAUCAAAAAAUAUUUGAAAUUGUUGUGGAAGAUGCUACCAAAGCUAACAAUUGUAACUGA